CAUCUUGGGCUUUCUGUUUCAGACCGAACCGCAGCUUGACAGCAGAGAAGUCCACAACAACCCAACAGAUCAUCUCAACAAUACACGGGUGAAGAGUUGUGGGGAUGGAGGUAUUUGAGACAGGUGUGACGAUGCAGCUUCUGGCGUAAGGCGCUCUGACCGGUGCCACACCAAGCCGCCAUACACCUGAGUUAUUUUUUAUUUUGUUUCGUGUCAGUCAUUUUGUAGACUUUUUUUUUUUUUGAUGAGAUGUUCCGCAAAGAACAAUACUAUUGAGGAACAGGAGAGGAGACGAUUGCUUCUAAUUACAUUUGUUUUGGAUAACAGCCUGUGAGAAGUCAGACUAUUCCUCAAGAUUUACCCCCCCCCCCCUCCCCCACCACCACAAUCAGAAUAAGGACAGUGGCUUGGAUAAUUAACUAGCCAUGAGUACCGCCAGUACCCAGAACCCAGUGACACUGGGCCAUUCCAACCAGAAUGGCCAGCUCCGAGGCCCGGUGGUGAAGCCUGCAGGAGGCCAGGGCAGCGGAGGAGGCAGUCAUCAGACACAGCAGCCCAGCCAUAUGAAGCAGGCUGCCAGCACAAUCAACAACGGCACUGGGCCGAGCAGCACCCAGCUGGCUAAAGCUACCCCCACAGCCAAUACUGUCAUCAAACCUGGAGAUGACUGGAAGAGGAAUUUGACGCUCCCUCCAAAAGACACGAGGAUGAGAACUUCGGACGUAACGGCAACUAAAGGCAAUGAGUUUGAAGACUACUGCCUGAAGAGGGAGCUGCUGAUGGGAAUCUUUGAGAUGGGCUGGGAGAAACCCUCUCCAAUACAGGAGGAGAGCAUCCCCAUAGCGUUGUCUGGGAGGGACAUUCUGGCCAGGGCCAAGAACGGGACAGGAAAGAGCGGAGCCUACCUGAUUCCCUUACUGGAACGCAUUGACCUGAAGAAGGACUGUAUACAAGCUAUGGGCAUCGUUCCCACCAGAGAACUGGCAUUGCAGGUGAGCCAAAUCUGUAUCCAGAUCAGCAAACACAUGGGAGGGGUCAAAGUCAUGGCCACAACGGGUGGCACCAACCUCCGCGAUGACAUCAUGAGGCUCGACGAGACAGUACACGUUGUGAUUGCCACCCCUGGGAGGAUCCUGGACCUCAUCAAGAAGGGUGUGGCCAAAGUCAAUCAGGUCCAGAUGAUGGUUUUGGAUGAGGCAGACAAGCUGUUGUCCCAGGACUUUGUUGUGAUGAUGGAGGAGAUAUUGAGCUACCUGCCCAAGCAGAGACAGAUUCUGCUCUACUCUGCUACCUUCCCUCUCAGCGUGCAGAAGUUCAUGAACUCCCACCUGUCCAAGCCCUACGAGAUCAACCUGAUGGAGGAGCUGACCCUGAAGGGGGUCACCCAGUAUUAUGCCUACGUUACAGAGAGACAGAAGGUCCACUGUCUCAACACGCUCUUCUCCAGGCUCCAGAUCAACCAGUCUAUAAUCUUCUGUAACUCGUCUCAGAGGGUGGAGCUGCUGGCCAAGAAGAUAUCUCAGCUGGGCUACUCGUGUUUCUACAUUCAUGCCAAGAUGAGACAGGAGCACCGUAACAGAGUGUUCCACGACUUCAGAAACGGGCUCUGCCGGAAUCUGGUCUGCACAGACCUCUUCACAAGGGGUAUCGACAUUCAGGCGGUGAAUGUGGUGAUCAACUUUGACUUCCCCAAGCUGGGAGAGACGUACCUGCAUCGCAUCGGCAGAUCUGGUCGUUUUGGUCACCUGGGUCUGGCCAUCAACCUGAUCACAUUCGAUGACCGCUUCAAUCUGAAGGGCAUUGAGGAGCAGCUGGGAACCGAGAUCAGACCCAUCCCCGGCAGCAUAGACAAGAGCCUGUACGUCGCAGAGUACCACAGUGAGAACGGAGAGGUCAAGCUGUGAGGUGGAGGACGAACAGAGAUCAGAUGAGACCCCCGUCCCCCCUCCCUUCUGUGUCCUGGACUAUUUUUUUUUUUUUUUUUUUUUUUUUGGAUAUCUAACUUCCCGUCGGUCUUCCUUCCUGUUUUUGGGUGCCACCUCAUGGAAACGUGUACGAUCUGUGAGGGACAACAAACCUGCAGAGGAACUCGUGAUGUCCCUGUUCUAGGGUCCUCUCUCUGCUGCGAUGCACUGAAGACUACGACUACUCCUACAGUACUGGGAGGAGGGAGGCAGGGAACGUGGAGAACUGUCUUUCAAUGGAAAUGGAUUUGAUCAUUUCCAUCUUACUCCUCCUGCUCCAAUCUACCCUGAGCACUGCCUGCCAGUCAGCACUUACCCCUCCCGGGCUCCCUCCUCCCUGACCCCUCCCGGCUCCCUCCCUCCCUGACCCCUCCGGCUCCCUCCCUCCCUGACCCCUCCGGCUCCCUCCCUCCCUGACCCCUCCGGCUCCCUCCCUCCCUGACCCCUCCGGCUCCCUCCCUCCCUGACCCCUCCGGCUCCCUCCCUCCCCCCCCUCCGGCUCCCUCCUCCCUGACCCCUCCGGCUCCCUCCUCCCUGACCCCUCCGGCUCCCUCCUCCCUGACCCCUCCCGGCUCCCUCCUCCCUGACCCCUCCCGGCUCCCUCCUCCCUGACCCCUCCCGGCUCCCUCCCUCCCUGACCCCUCCCGGCUCCCUCCCUCCCUGACCCCUCCCGGCUCCCUCCCUCCCUGACCCCCCCGGCUCCCUCCCUCCCUGACCCCUCCCGGCUCCCUCCCUCCCUGACCCCUCCCGGCUCCCUCCCUCCCUGACCCUCCCGGCUCCCUCCCUCCCUGACCCCUCCCGGCUCCCUCCCUCCCUGACCCCUCCCGGCUCCAUCCCUCCCGGCUCCCUCCCUCCCUGACCCCCGGCUCCCUCCCUCCCGGCUCCCUCCCUCCCUGACCCCUCCCUCCCUCCCUGACCCCCUCCCUCCCGGCUCCCUCCCUCCCUGACCCCUCCCUCCCUGACCCCUCCCUCCCUGACCCCUCCCUCCCGGACCCCUCCCUCCCGGCUCCCUCCCGGCUCCCUCCCUCACUCCUCCCCUGGCCCCCUCCUCCGUUCUUCCUUUCCGAUCCACCUCCUUUGUUGUCCUUUUGUUUGUAGCUCUUUGUAUGAAGUGCCUUAACAAGCAGCUUGUUCUGAAGUAAUAACCCGUUCUCCGUCUCUGUGGAAACAUCCGUCCACCCACGGUGUUACUCAUCACGUAACACCACUUUAUGUUCCACACAUUGAAUCAACACCCAUCCUACCACUUUUGAUGUUCAGUAAGACACAUUGCAUCAAGGUUUAGGCCGUUUUUCUAUAGUUGGAUGGAGGGUGGAUGAAAUAAGUUCUGCUGCUGGCUCGGCUGCAGUGCCCCAGAAUAUUGACAAGUAUAUGAAGAUGAUCCACGGCGGAGAAAGGCCCUGGAUGAAGAUGACAGCUCAAGGAGCAGGAUGUUUAGAGGCUCCUAUUAGAACGCAGCCAGAGUGCAGACUAGUUCAUUAGGAUCCUAACGUUCCUCGAGCUUCACAAUCAGAACACUAAGAACUGAUCUAUUCUAGAACUGGAACGUUAAGUAGCUCCACCCUCCCCGGAGUGUCCGGGGGUUCCUUCCUGUUCGGGAGGACUUAUCUACCUACCGUACGAUGCAAAGGAGAAGAAAUGGGUGGUGUUCCUGUUGCAGUUUGACGUUCUUCUGGGUGGGCAGUUGGUCACUCCACUUUAUUCUCCUUGAUGUGCCACAGCUAAACCAUCUUGGCACCCUGUACACUUUGUAAAUACUUGAUUUCAUUUUUAAUAGUUUUAAAAACAAGUUUAAAAGGCUGGUUGACAUGUUGAGGAUGAGCUGAAGCAUCUUUAAGUUUUGAAUCUGGUCAGGACUGGAGAUGAUAUUUUUCCCCUUUAUACUCAAACCCCCUUCACAGAACGAGCUGCAACGAUGGCCUGUUUAGUCAGUGAAGUCCUGAUUUCUCGACGAGCACGCUGUGUUCGGAUGUGGUCCAUGACCAUUUAGUUGUCACAUUGUGUAUGAUGAAAUGUGUUCCUUGUGCUUUUUAAAGCUCGGAUUAAACUACAGUUUCACCCUUUU